AUGGCCACUGCUGUGCAGACAGGCCCCUAUGCCCCACCCCACAGAAAUCCAGAAUUCCUGCACUACAGACCCACGUACCCGCUGUGCAGGAACAAACAUCAUGGCCCUCAGUGUGCUUUUGACAAAUCCGUGCUCUCAAACCGCGGGAGGAACCUCUUUCCAUGGAGUGGAGUGCUUUGCUUCGGGACAGUUUUGUUUGGGAAGUUUCUAUUGGUGUAUCUCCUCACAAUGCUGGGAAAUGGCACCAUCCUGCUGACCGUGAAGGCAAAUCAAAGGCUCCACCAGCCCAUGUACUACUUCCUUUCGAUGCUGGCCACCACGAACCUGGGCCUGACUCUGUCCACCCUGCCCACAGUGCUGCGCGUCUUUUGGUUUGGCACCAGAGAGAUCAGCUUCCCGGUCUGCCUCACCCAGAUGUUCUGCAUCCAUGCCUUCACCUUCAUGGAGUCCUCGGUGCUUCUGGCCAUGGCCUUUGAUCGUUAUGUGGCCAUCUGGAGCCCACUGAGAUACUCCUCCAUCCUCACCAGUGCCAGGGUUGCAAAGAUUGGGCUGGGGAUGGUCUGUCGCUCUCUGACGCUGCUCCCACUUCUUUGCCUGCUCACGCGACUGCCGUUCUGCAGGUCCCACGUGCUGUCCCACUCUUACUGCCUGCACCAGGACAUGAUACGGCUGGCGUGCACAGAUUCCACCCUGAACAGUCUAUAUGGCCUGACCCUGGUGCUGUUCGUGAUCCUAGACUCAGUGCUCAUCGCCUUCUCCUAUGCCAUGAUCAUCAAGGCCGUGCUGGGCAUCACCUCCAGAGAGGAGCAGACCAAAGCCCUCAACACUUGUGUCUCUCACUUCUGUGCUGUCCUCAUUUUUUAUGUCCCCAUGGUCGGUCUGUCCAUCAUACACCGGUACAGGAAGAACGCUGCACCCUUCAGCCACGUGCUCAUGGCCAAUGUCUAUCUUUUUGUGCCACCUGUGUUGAACCCCAUCAUCUACAGCAUGAGAAACAAGCCCAUUUGCAAAGGCCUCCUCAGGCUCCUGUGUCAAAGACUGGCCUGA